CUGCGCAUGCGUUCUGCCGCUUCGAGAGAACAGUUUCGGCCUGUUCCGCGACCGCUCGGUCAUUUUCGCCUCUUUGUUUUACUGAUAGUGGAUUUAACUCGGAUUCAACCUAACAUCCAACGGACCGUGCUGCUCCCAAACAGGCUUUGAUAAGAGGCUCUUCAUGAUGAGCAGCUAACACUGACUGCCGCACAACCACAGGAAGAGACGUGGCUGCUGCACCACCCACAGUUGACGCAUGGCGGUAUUAGGGAACCCCGACAUGCUGACGAGGAAGAUAAAGCUGUGUCACAUCAACGCCCACAUCACAUGUCGUCUGUGUGAGGGCUACCUGAUUGACGCCACCACCGUCACAGAGUGCUUACACACCUUCUGCAGAAGCUGCCUUGUGAAGUAUCUGGAGGAAAACAACACGUGCCCCACGUGUAGGAUUGUUAUUCAUCAGAGCCAUCCACUGCAGUAUAUCGGCCAUGACAGAACAAUGCAAGACAUUGUCUAUAAGUUGGUACCGGGACUACAAGAGGCGGAGAUAAAGAAACAAAGGGAAUUCUAUCAGAAGUUGGGGAUGGAGGUGCCCGGAGACAUUAAAGGAGAACUUUGCAACAUGAAGACUCAUCUAGAUCAACGCAACGGUGAUGCCAAAUCAGAAGACACGGCCAAUAAGGAGGCAGGAGAGGAGAAACCAGAGGAGGACAACGACUAUCACCGUAGUGACGAGCAGGUCAGCAUCUGCUUGGAGUGCAACAGCAGCAAGCUUCGCGGUCUGAAGCGCAAGUGGAUCCGCUGUUCAGCACAAGCCACGGUCCUCCACCUCAAGAAGUUCAUUGCCAAAAAGCUUAACCUGACAUCAUUUAAUGAGCUGGACAUUUUAUGCAACGAGGAAAUCUUGGGGAAGGACCACACUUUGAAAUUUGUUGUUGUUACAAGAUGGAGAUUUAAGAAAUCCCCCCUCCUGCUCCAUUACAGACCCAAGAUGGAUCUGCUGUAGCUACAAUGGACACAGUGGUUGUUUUUUAUUUUUCUUUCUGGCCCAGUGGCCGCGGACUGUGCCGAAACCUUUUUAAUUUAUGCAAAGACGAUCAACCAACACCAAGCAAACGCCCGACGGUAAAAGUCAACACAAGCCAGCAAACGUCCAUCUAACGGGGAGGGAAAGUGGGACAAACUGACACAAACUGGCCGCCUCUCCAGCACAGACACUGCAACACUGGCGUGUGUUUUUAGAAACUAAAACAACCAUUUUUUUCCCUGGUCUGCUACAUCCUACAUAUGUGAACGAAAAAAAAAAAAAUAUGGAGAAAAAGCAUAUAUUUAUACUUUUGUACAGAAGAGACACACGGAACCAAGACACUACUGGUGCUCUGUUUACACGCAAACAAGAUGUCGGGAAUCGUGUGACCGUCUUUUCCAGCUCCAUGCAGACUUCAUCCUCCUGAGAUGAUGACUGAGCGGAGGACAGGAUUAUUUUUUUUUAAUAUAAAAAGGUGUUUUGUUCUUUUCACACCGCACUCGACACGUCUUGGGAGCACAGAAAGUAUAUGGAAAAAUUUAUAUAACAGGCAUCAAAUUUAAGCUGUUUAUCAAGUCUCUGAUUUCUCUUCCUUUUUUUUUUUUUUUGGUUCAAAUUUCAUUCUGUUGGCUUUGUCUAAUUUGCUAUUGGGUUCUCAAUUGUCAAUUGUGAAUAGGUUAAUUUUUUGUGUAGUUAUUUAUGUUCUAUAUACCAAUAUUGUACAUAAAAUGUCAUUACAGAGAGAGAAAGAGAUUGAAGAGAGACUUUAGACUGUUAAAAGAGAGUGGAUCCCAGAAGUGCUAUCUAUAUGUUGGGCAAUAAAUGUCCAGAGGUGAUAAAUUAGGAUUUUUAAAGACAGACUCACUAUCAGUAUCAAAUUAUAUAAAUGCAUUUUUAUGUUGUCUGAGAAAGACACAAAACAGCUAUAUCAAAUCCUCUGCCAUUUAUGUGUAUGUGGGGUCUAAAUGUGUUCCUUUGCCCCGAUAGAUGAACUUUUAGGGGGCCGAUGAGGAGAAAGCUUCACCCCAACCUCAUCCUUCCCAUCUCACCUUCCUUCAGUAGAACACAUUUAUUGUUAAUUUUAGUUAUAUUAACACAUUUUAACAUUACACAAAACACUCAUGUCCGUAGAUGCCCGGAAGAUGUUUCAUUUUUUAAACAUUGUUUUCGGUACCCACCGUGCAGUCUUUUAAUAUCCGUCCCUGUGUUUCUGCAGUCUUUCAGUGGCAGCAGCACCAGGCAGGUGUAUGCCCAUACCACCCACAUGUUUACAGCUUUUGGUUUGAGCUGCUAGCUGUAGAUAUUUUUUGGCACCCUCCAUCCUUCCAGACAUUUCCUUCAGCUCCAUUUUUACUGCAGAGCUACCGAAGCUGCAAGGUAGAAAUGUAGAGAUACAGACAACUCCCUCAUCUUAACAGCCUCAGAGACGGUCUUAUCCUAGUUUCUUUUUUAUGGUGAACAUGGAAGGGAAGUGACAUUUAUUAUAAACUUCAAGCUCGUCUCUUCAGAUGGAUUCAAACGUCACAGAUGUGCCAGUUCUGCAAACAUGAGUGCAGGUUAGCGAUAUCGCUAUUUUCCAUUUCUGGGUUAUACUUUGGUUAGUUCUCACUGCCAGCUGGAGAGCAAAGGUGCAAAGUCUUUAAACGCAUCAAUACGACAGCAUUUCUGAAAGAUAAGCGAAUAUUUUUAGGCUUGUAAUCACACACAAAACAAAAGAAAAUCAGUAUAAAACUUGGAUUUUCCUUUUUUUUUUCCUUCCUUUUUUGCAGAGUAGCCAGUGUUCAAUAUUGUUGACUUAACAAGACGAUUUUGAGUCUUUUUGAAAGAAAUAUCGUGCAAAUUCAGGUUUCUCAGCGAGGAGGCUGAGGUUUUUUUUUUUUGAACAUUUUGAUAAUGAAAUGACUGCUGUUUGGUCAUUUGGUGCUUAUAGAUGUGUGUUUCUGACCUUGAGGAGGAUUGUUCCUCAUGCGGGAGCAUGCCGUUCUCAACUUUGUGACGCAGAAAACUGAUGUUAUGUCAAAAGCAAAAUGUCUUAACCCUAAAAAUCCUGAACCGAACUGUCUUUGACCACAACUGGAUCCCUGAGCAGCGUGUCAGACCUCAAGUAGUCUUACCUCACUGACUUCUCUUAUCAGUAAUUAAAAACGGCAGUUCAGCUUUUGCGUUGUAUCGCCCCACAACAAGCCGUCUGUCUGUACGCUCAUGUGCGGGGUUCCUAUGCAUCUUCAGAUCUCACAAGUCUGGCGGAGUGAUUUGAAAUUGGCCGACAAAGCAAUGUGUAGGGACUCGUUAGGACCUAUGACGUGUGUAUUAAAUGCAUUAUAGCCUACAGGUCUGUACAAAACCAGCUCUACCAAAACUCCUUCUGCAUGCUUCAUUCAUGUGCUGACCUUUAUGUUUCAAGGACCUUAAUUCAGCUACCUUUUGUAGGGUGCUCAUUGUUUAUGGUUUUUAUGUAAAUUAGUAUUUUAUUUUAUUAUUAUUAUUUUAAAAAGGUGAAAUUUGAAUUGGCCUGUCCAGAAAUACCUCUCCGGGUAUUACUUCUCCUCCUCUUUGUUCUUCUUAAUAUUUUUUACUUGGUCGGACUCUUGCUACAAUAAAUUUUCAUGCAUAGAAAGUGAUUAAAAACCAAAAACAAUGAGCCUGGCCAUGUUCUCAGCUCGUGGAAGAGUGUUGUGUAUGUACUAAUCCCUGCAAACGUAAUGUAAUAUCUGUGUGAUAUUAUGUCUUUGUAAGUGCAGACUUGGUGUUUUAAAGGCUUAUACUGAUUAUUUCGUAGUACUCGGACGAGUGUCGAGUACGCUUCCCGGAGCUAUCACUGACACUGAGAUCUGUGUUUUAAGUCCUCUGGUUUGCAGUCCUAGAUCGUAAUCGUGUUUUCUGCCGUUCGGCUGUCACAACUCGUUUGGAGUUCUCGUCGUGUUUGGUUGUCACUGAUUAAAUCUCUUUACUGUAAUUCAGCGAUUGAGCUGUAAAACACUUGACAAGGUGCUACUGUACUCACGACUACAAACGGAAAAGAUAUAAUGCAGGACACUGCUCCGGAAACGCCCUUGUGUUUCACAUCCGCCUUCAAACGUUCACUUUUUCCCUGCUUUGAUCGUUAGUGCUCUCAUCCUGGUCAUCGUUCGGCACGAUCAAGUCUUUCCAAAUGUUUCACUCUGAAUCCUCUCUAAAGCCUUGAGUAGUUUACCUUCUGGAUCUGUUGCAUUUGUGUGUCGAUGAAAACUAAAACUAAAAUUUAAUGAGCCCAAAUAGAACAACUCCAAGGCGUUUUGUGUCACACAAAGAGCAAAAUUGGUGCGCAGCUUUUAAGUCAAAAUUAGAAUUGUUUACCCUCUCGUGCUUGUUUUCUCCUAAAAGCCCUGUGACCUGAUGGAAAGGUGGAAAGGGCGAGGUCUUCGCCGCAGUGACGGUCAGGCUGCGUCUCUGCUGCUGGUGCUCUCUAUGGUGCUAACAACUACUCGCUUCAAACUUCAGAGACAAAAAGGAUCUGUGUCGAAGCUCUCGCUCUCCUGCCGCCGUACGUGCUCCAGUCCUUGGGCGUCUGAUAAAGAAGACGCUCGAUCCCCUCCCUACUUUCAGAUUGGGUUUCCCUACUUGUCUAGGCUCGCUUUGGAAAGGAAACAGAGGGAAUUUUAAAUAAGUCAUAGACUGUGACGGGGCUGAUGCUGUGACAAAUAAAAGUGGUGAGAAAUUGGGUGCACCUGCUGCAAUUUCGUGCCUCAAAGAGAAACUCGCACUUAUUACAGGCUUCACUGGUGAGAUGUUUGCGCCUCCGAGUUCGAUUGAGUCUCACUCCAAUUUCUAACAGAUAAUUGGCUCUGAAAGACUAGAACAUCCAUGAAUUUAAAAUCGUGUACAGCUGGUUGUGUUUUCGUCUACACGUUUCUCUCAGGAGGUUCGACCUUCUCGCCACCCGUGUGUAGAUGAUGCUGGCCGCAUCUUGCGCCAGAACAGAUCAGUGUUCGCCUUUUUAUUAGGACUAACAUCGAGACAUCAGUGCUGCUAUGCUGACAGGCAGGAUGAGAGGCUUCCAGGAGGCCUGCAGAUGGUGUUGCUAUCUGCUCUGAAAUGUCUCUGGCUCAUCUCUGCUUUGACCCUGAUCUCCUGUCAGCCUGUUUGUUAGCUCCUGCUGGGAUCUCGGUGAAGCCCGGCCAAAGUUUAGCCGCUUCACGUGGACCGUCGAGCCUGAGCAGAGCGAGUUUGCUCCACCGCCAUGACGGCAAGACGAGUAAACAGUUUAUUCAGGCCACUUUGAACAGUUUUCUGAGCUCGGAAACUUCCCUCCUCAGCGGCAGCCGCAUUCAUUUCAGCUUUCAUUUCAGCUUUCAUUUCAGGCUUGUUGGCAGCAGAAUUGUUUCUGGCAACUUCAAAUGGCUCUCCUGUGUUUACUCUGCUGUAAUAAGCGUCCACUCUGGGAGUCUGGUAGCUUUCUUUGUUACCCAGCUCUCUUUCUCCCUUGUUUGAGUUCUCUGCAAGGCGCAGCAAUCUCACAGGCUGGCUUUGUGUGCAGCAGAGACUGAGACCUCACUCGUAUGAACCACAUGAGCCACGUGAACUGAAACGGUCGAAAAAAUAUAGAUUCGUUUGGCUGGGGUGUCUCUUCAGAGCAUUUGAGCCGGCAGCCCUCGAGCACACAGGUGGUUCAGCUUGAAGAGCAAAUGUCUGCUUAAAUUAUGGAUUGUUUUGCCACUUCGGGUGAUUUUUCACUGCCGAUCAGGGCAACAAAGUCUCAUUUGCAAAGGCGCAGCAGUUGCGAACGACUCCAAACUAUUGGCUUUAGCAAUUCAGAACGAAUCAGUCGUCAUCUACUAAAUCUCACAAUGACAUUCCCCUGAUGUUGUCGCCUGAUCUGUCCAGUUUUGUAUAAAUAUUUAUUUAUGCUGAAAAAGUGACCUCUGCAGUAGCUUUUAAGUGUUUGACAUUUAUGCUCUUGCUCAUAAUUUUGCAGUUUUUUUUCCCCUUUUCUUUGUGAAACUGAGCAGACUCGUACAGGAAAAAUGGCUUAAAUUAUGACUCAUUCCCCCUCUUUCGUAUUAAAUAAAGUGUCGUCUUCGCAGUGUGUGACAAAACACAUGGGUCAUAUUCAUUAGGUCAAGUUUAUUUAAAAAAAAAAAAAAAAAAAAAGGUAUGAAUGUGGCAAUGUGGUUAUUGUACUGGCAAGGAAAAGGUGCAAUAUACAGUUCCCAGAUGGUUCCAGCCUUUUUUUUUUUUUUUUUUUUUUAAAUUUUGAAAUGAUUUUUCUUUUUCCAGUCAGGUCCUCAGGUCACUAAAUGCCUUCUGGUCCUGAGGGUGACCAGGGAAUCUCAGAACAUACACUAAUGCACCCAAAAUUCAAACGACUGGAUUUUACUUUAGUCUCUUCUUGUCACAAAUACCCCAGACUGUUUUUUUUUCUUUGUGGGUUUUGGUUUGCUUUCAGAUCAACACAGAUUCUUAUUCUGGUGUCCUUUUCCUUGCCUCCUUUUGUAUUAUUGUUAUUUAUUGCACAUGUAAUGAGUUGAUCUCCACUGUCAUUUAAUUCAAGGAGUUUUGGGGCUGGAAUUUCUUUCAUACAAAACUACAGAAGCUUUUGUCAAAACCUAAGUGUGUAUUUCAUCAAUAAAUGCCUUUAAAAGUG